AUGGCAGCCGACACAAGACGUCAGAAUGCAGGAACAAGAGUGCCAGUGGCCCUGCCCAAGGGCGAGCCUUCUCAGCCUGCAGCGUCGUCGUCGGUGUCUCAGGAUAUCAGUUUGCAAUUAGCUAUUGGAAGCCGCGUCCGCUUGACCACCACUACGCCGAAUCAAACAACGGUGGAAGGUACUAUCUACACAGCUGAUCCCCUGACCAACCUUCUCGUUGUAAACACUGCUGCCAGCUCUACCGUGUCCAUUACCUCCACCUCCCUCGCCGCACCAGCUGGUGCCUAUCGAAUCAUCCCUAUUUCGCAAAUCAGCACGUUCCAGCUCCUCUCGCUCCCUCAAUCACCCCCGGUAUCUGCGAACACCUCCACCCUCAAUACAGUCGACACCAAUGGUGUGCAGGCCCGGCUUGCGAGGAACAUUGCUGGCCAACAAGCGGCACGAGCUCGCGUCGGUCCCAAAGGCACUACCCCGGUUGAUCAGGCGCUGUUUGAUGCGCUCUCCCGGACUCAUCCGGCGCGCUGGUCUGGCAACAUGAUGGUCAUCUCAGAUACUUUCUUGAUCGACAAGCCGUAUGGUGCGGCCAACGUUCGGCACGCCGAGGGCCGGGAUGGUGACCUGGACCGAAUGAAGAAGGUGGUAGAUAUGGAGCGGCAGAAAAUCACUCUGAGAUUUGCCAAGGGAUCGCUUGACGGGAAGCUAGGAUCUGAGGUCUCGCCGAUCAAAGCGGCUUCACCCGCCGGCAUGAAGAAGGGUGGCUGA